AUGGCCUUAAGAGCCGUAUUUGUUUUACUUUUUGUUUUAGCCACAUUUGGACCGAUUAUCACUUCUGCAAAGGACUUCAUCGUCGGAGAUCAAUCCGGGUGGACAGUCGGGUUUGAUUACCAAGCCUGGGCCGCCGGCAAGGAAUUUCACAUCGGAGACAAACUUGUUUUCAAUUAUCCCGUGGGAGAACACAAUGUGUACAAAGUGAACGGAACUGACUUCCAAAACUGCACUGUGCCACUGCAAGGGACGCCGUUAACCAGUGGAAAUGACACCAUUGUGUUGGCUACUUGUGGGAAAAAAUGGUACAUUUGUGGAGUGGCCAACCACUGUUCUCUAGGACAAAAGCUGGUUAUAACAGUUCAACCUCAAGCGUUACCUCCAAGCAUUGCUCCUGCUCAUCCUCCAGCUUGGUCAUAUUCAAGAGGGACCAAGAGGCCUUUUUUCCACUUUAACUGGCCGUGA